GUUGGUGUGAUGGUAGAGGCGUGAUUGUCAAUGUAGAGGUUAUGUGUUUGAUUCCUAGCUGGAGCAGCCUUUUUUUAUCUUACACGAAUCAAGUCUGAAUUUUAACUUUUGAAUACUUGGAUGCAAAAAUUAAGUAGUCCAACUAAUUGGGCUUUAUUAGUCUGAAAAACCAAUUAGUUCAAUUGAUUGAGCUUUUUGAAUAUUGUCCUAAAAAUUAAUUAGUUUAAUUCAUUGGGCUUUUGAAUAUUGACCGAAAAAUUAAUUAGUUGAAUACAUUGGAUUUCGUAGGUGAAAAUAAGUUUUCUUUACAUAGAGUAUAGAUUUUAGAGUAAAAAAAUCGGUUUAUCUUGUUUUCGAGAAACUAACCUAAAAAUUGGCACUAAACAUUUGGGUAACCGAUAAAACUUCGGUUCGGUAUCUAUGACUUUUAAGAUAAUUGUAUUGUCGGUUCUGUAAUAUUCAAUUUAUUCUUUGACAUUUCUAUAAUUUACAUUUUGACUUCUAAGAUAUUAUUAUACUGUACUACAUUUUGACAUUUUUUUAUAAUAUACGUUAUUUAAUUAAAUUUUGGUCCCACCUGAACGUAAAUGCUAGAUUCGCCCUGGCCGUACCCACUAUAAAAUUCUUCUGUAUAUUCAGGUAAUUAGAUUUGAAUUUGAGGUUCGUAUAAUCGUAUUAGACAUUUUCAGUUACACUCUCAACCACAUUUUACUUUAUUCUGAAUUUUAUUUUGUUAUUCGUUCGUCUUCCGAAUGUAAUUUCUUUCUCUAGUUACGUAGAGAUCAAAUUUUUUUAGUUAGGUAAAGAUCAAUUUUUUUAUUCAUAUUAAUUAAUCUCGAUAUUAUGCAUUGUUUUCAUUUUUAAAAACGAGAUAAUAUCAUGAUAAAAGAAGCACCCUCUACGUACUGUUCCAUAAUUUUCUUCCCAUUUUCCGAUUUACAACAUCUUAAAAUUUCCUUGUCAUUUCCUUAAGGAAUCAUUUGUACGUGUAAUUAACACUCUUUCUCUUAUUUCUAGUCCACUAUCAUACAAAAAAUUGGAAACUUUAAGCUAAUUGUUACUCAAAUUUAAUUAUAUUUAAUUAUAUUAGGUAUAUAUAUAGUAAGGAUGUUUUUACUUGGACUGUAAUUCGUCCCAGACUAGACCAGAUCAGACCAGACCAGAUCAGACCAGACCAGACCAGUUCAGACCAGACCAGACCAGACCAGACCAGACCAGAUCAGACCAGACCAGACCAGACAAGACCAACAAAUUACAGUCCAAGUAAAAACAUCUAAGGUGUGCUAAUUGGGAAAAAUAAAAAGUUCACACUAUUAUUUAUCAAUGGUGAUAACUCUGAUACCCAUUUAAAAAAAGGGGUACCGCACCUACCACUCACUUGAUUGGUUCAAAUCAUUACAUCAUUUUUAAUUUAGAUUUAAAUAAUUCAACUACAUCAUUCUUAUUGGUCUAUGUGAACAAAGGUAUGGUACCUUAAGGGUACCGAUCUACCUUUAUCAAUAUAUUAAUAUUAAUAAUUUGGUUUUUGAAUAUAUUACUCCCUCCGUCCCUUAAAAUUUUGUCAUCUUUCCUUUUUGGAACGUUCCAAAAAAAUUAGCUACUUUCCCUUUUGAACAAUUAUUUUGUGGUUUCUGUUAUUUCUCUUUUCUCUGCACAAACCCCAACCACACAAUUUUUACUUUAUUAUUCUCUGUGUCGAUGAACUUUGGUAAAGUUUUAAGGGACUGAGGUAGUAAUAAAUUAAUAAUAUGCGACCCAUCAAUGUGACUGCUGACCCACCCAAGAGCUGUUUCAAACAUUAUGUAGCUUUAAAACCUUCAUUUAUAAGAUUCCAUCGGCAUAUAAUAUUUCUCUAUUUUUGCAAGCAUUGGCCUUUCGCGGACGAGAAACGUUUUUAAGAUACGCCCUUAAGAAACGGACACGUGGCAGCGAAAUGGGAGUGCAAAUUCGGUGGGUCCCACGUACACAUGGCGUUCUUGGAUACAUGCCCUCGCAUAGCAUGGUGUCAAGAAGUGGCAGAACACGUGUCAUUGCAUGGAAGGGCAAAGCUUCCUACUCCACCGGCCUCUGCAUUAUGUAUAUAUGCCUACCCAAAAAGAAAUUACAGAAAGUGCCCGCUUUUUAUACAAAUCACAAAUCGCUCCUCUUUCUUGCUAAACCUCUCUGCCACAGCCAACUUGAAGUUGUGACAGUAAUAAUGGGAUUUAGGAGGAGCGUUAUAUGCGUGGGAUAUAAUGAGCGUGACGAAGGUAAAGGAAAAACGGUGGACUGUGAACUAGAGGCGGCUCAAGCUUUAGCGGGUUUAGCGCAUCCAUCCAUGCUCCCCGGUCCUUCUACACGUCCCGGUGCAUCCGGACAUGCAUCUCCGCCGCCACCGCUCCUAGAUCUGUAUCACUUCUCCGGCGGGGCGCAGGACGGUGAAGACAGCGUGGAUGGCCCGCAAAACGAAGGAUUAGCAUUAUUAUCUUCAAAUGUUUUGGGAGGGUCUGAGAUUGUGAACUCAACGACGUUAUUUUCAUCGUGCAAUUAUGAUUAUUCCUCUUUCAGUGGGUGUAAAUCCAGACGAAGUGUGGCAGAGGAAGAAAAGGAGGCUCAAAGGCUGCGUCGGGUUGUUGCAAACAGAGAAUCAGCUCGGCAAACAAUCCGCCGUAGGCAGGCUAUGUAUCACGAGUUGACCAGAAACGCAGCUCACUUGGCGUUGGAGAAUCAGAAUUUGAAGAAGGAAAAGGAGUUAGCAGCAAAAGAGUAUGAUGGUUUGAAAAGCACAAAUGAGAGCCUGAGAGCACAGAUGACUAAAGCAGUCAAGAAAGAGCUACAGGGAACACAUGAAGUUUCUUAUCCAGUACAAGUGAUGUCUUCUUCAACAUCAACAGCUCACCCCUUCUUUUAUAACCACACUCCAGUUGUGCAACAUGGAUCACAAAAUUAUUCUACCAUCAGCAGUGUUGGAGAGCCUACUACUCCACUUCUUGUGCUGCCAUUCCCUUGGUUCAUCCCCUUUCACUCCCCAGGACAAUAUUUUCCCCAAUCCUACUCUGACCACAAUGAAUCUUCAUCUCCACAACCUGUGAAAGAUAAGGCAGGAGAUUCUAUUUCUUCAAGGAAGCAUGUUCACACUGAAAUGACACUCCAUUUCCAGUCAGGUCUAGAAAC